AUGGACCACUUGCAAGACAUUGAGAGUUUUUUGAAUAACGUUGACAAAAUAAGCGAGCUUGUGCAGAAUCUUAACUCCACAGACACUGGCAUACAGCAAAAAGCCAUAGAAGAAGCUGACCGCCACAUCGCUGCUUCGCGUGAACCGUGCAAAACAACAUUCAGCCACAUUACAAUCAAUCCAGUGCCACCCCUCCAGGCUCCCACGAGUGCCACGCAAGAUCAAAGUCCAGAGAAUUUUAUGAAAACAAUAGAGAAAGAUGCUGAAGACAGGGAAAAAAAGAGGACGGAAAAGGAGAAAAGAGCAACUGCUCUCAAAGACAGGGGCAACAAAGCUUUUGCUCAAGAAGAUUAUGAGACGGCUGUGAAAUAUUACAGUGAGGGCUUAGUUGAACUAAAGGACAUGCAGGUUUUGUACACCAACCGAGCGCUAGCAUAUAUGAAGCUCAGCAAGUAUAAGGAGGCUAUUUGUGAUUGUGAGUGGGCAUUAAAGUGUAAUGAAAAAUGCAUUAAGGCUUACUUACACAUGGGCAAAGCAUACCAGGCUCUGAAAAACUACAAUGAGUCCAGGAAAUGCUUUGAAAAAAUAGUGGAAUUUGAGCCUGCAAGAAAGGAUAUGAUAAAAGGAUACCUGCUACAGCUUGAUUUGGAUGAAAAGCGUGAUGUUCAGGAGAACAGUGCACGGCAGGACUUUGACAUGAGAGAAUCAAAGGCCAUAGCUGUGUCCCAGUUGUUGGAAAAGCUGUCAAGGUCUGGUCAUGGGCUAGUGUGGUAUUGUGAGGCUCUCAAGUGUCUAACACACACUGUAACCAACAGUACUGCCCAGACCCUUUUCAGGCUGAACAAUGGCUUUAGCAUCAUCAACGACAAUGACAUAGUCAAGAGCUGCCUGUUGAAAGGAUAUACCGAUCCACUCAGCCAGGAGCUUUGUGUGACUGUUCUGAAAUUAUGGCAAACAAUCUGUAGUGAAAAUGAUGAAAACCAGAAGACCUUAAUGGCAUGUCCAGUGUUCAGGAAGUCCAUAGCAGAGUAUUUGCUGUCUGAUGAUGGGGCAGUACAGAAAGAAUGCCUGAGUUUACUACUUUUAUAUUCACAGACACCACGUGGCAGACAGUUGGCUGUUGACAAUCUGGAUGUGCAGAUGUUAGCCAAGAACCUCAUGGCGUGCUUCUCAAAGCCCGGGCAGCAGCAGGAGGACACAGCAGUGAACAUUUUGGAGAAUUUUGCAUCAGAAAAUAGAUUUUGUUGUCUGUUGAGGCCUGGUUUAGUAGAAGCUGUCAUGACUCCUUUUACUACCAUACUGACAAAUAUCAACAAAUCCCAUCAGCCUGUUCUCCCGGCAUUGCUAUCGGCCAUCAGCUGCUUGGCUCGAGAUGACAUCAUUCGACACAAACUAUCUCAUGACUUAGAUUGCUGGAAAGCUUUUCUGGUUGCUAUUAAAGAGUACACAGCAUUUGAAUACAAAGGUAUUCUUUACCCUCUGCUUGGAUUGAUGAUCAACCUUUCAGCCCACCCUUCACCUGCUGUUCAGGAGCUUGCGGUGUCUAUCUGUGAUAGCUGUCUUGGCAUGUUGACGGACAGUGAUGGUGAAGUGGUGAUGAGAGCCACAGGGGUUCUGAGCCAUGUCCUCCUGCAGUCGUCCGAGGCGGUCCAGUGUGCUGUCCAGAGAGGAGUGGUCAGGAACAUGCUGCUGAUUUUAAAGGGAACAGGGCAGACUGCCACGAAGUAUGCCAUAAGGACUUUGACUGUGUGCACUGCUGCCAAUCAGUUGGCCCGUGAGGAGCUUGUGAAGGCUGAUAAAAGGUUGUCCAUUUUGCGUCAUUUACUGGAGUCCAGCUGUGAUGAGGUUGUCUGUGGAAAUGCUGCCCUGUGUGUGGCCCACUGCCUUGAGUUGGCUGGAAUUGCGAGUAACCUGCUAGGCACCGACGUUGUGCUUCUGCUGCUCCGCCACGCUGCGGCUGACACCAAGACAACAGCUGUUCAAAAAAAUGCUGCUAUAGCUCUGGGGAAACUGUGCAGAUCAGAGCCCAGACAUAUGCAUAAACUUCGAGAACUACACGGCCUUGAGAUUUUGCACUCCUGUACGAAGCUCCUCGCAUGA